AUUCAUUCGUUCUCCUUGCUCUAAUAGAACUCGUUUAAAAAAUUCGUGUCUCCCUAAGUGGUCCUUUCCGUUGGAAAGACAUUCUCGUCAUGCGCAAAUUGACCUAGAUCCUAUCCUAUUGUCAGUGCAACAUCUUCCACGGCGGAAUUUUGUAAUUUAUUUUUGCCGCGCAAAAAGUCGCUAGGUUUUCCGUGAAAAAAUGCUUUAUGUACGUUACUUCUGUGGAUUACUUGUUGUCGCCGUACUUUGCGUACAAAACGGUGGUGCUAUUAGAUGCUACGAAUGCAACAGUGUUUUGGAACCAAAUUGUAUAGGAAAUCAAGAAAAUCCUCUCACCGAAAACCUGAAGAAAGAAUGCCCGGAAAAGAAAGGAGAUAAGCCGUACACCUUAUGUAGAAAAAUUAGGCAAUUUAUAGAUUUCGAAGUAAAUGGACUUAAACCUGACACUAGAACUAUCCGUACUUGCGGCUAUGAAGAUUCUCAGUACGCCAACAGGUGUUAUCAGAGAUCAGGAUUUGGUGGCAGACAAGAAGUAUGCGCCUGCCAAACCGACGACUGCAACGCAAGCUCGCUUAUCAUGUCAUCGGCAACUUUAACAGUUGGAUUGUUACUCCUUCUGAAGUACUGCUCGGCAUAAAAUAAAAAAUUGCGAUAUUCUCAAACGUUAAUAUUAAUAAUUGAAUGAAUAUCAAAUUUAAAUCGUUUGAAGCGCUCAUGUUUUGAAAUGCAAGCUCAAAAGGAUGAGUUGUGUUUAACUCAUCUCAAUGAAUACCGCUAACAUUAGGAAAUGAAAUUAUCUAUAUAAAAAAUACCGUUUCUUGUAGGAAAGUGUUUGACCGGAACUGCUAGUAGCAAUAACUUAUGUUUAAUAUCAUGCUGUAUUGGACGAAAAUCAGUAGGUAAGGUCUACUUCCCGUACCUAGUAAGUAAUAUUGGUCUAUUUUUAGACCGCAUUAGAUCUGUUUUGUGAUUUAGGGAUUAGUCAAGAUUUCUGUUGCACUGCCUAAGGAAAAUUUAAAUAGCCCAUAUCAAAUUCGCUAUAGGUACCUUAUGAUACACCUUAUAAAAUGUGAUAGUUGAUUGUUAUGUUUUUGACUCGAAGAAGCAAUAAAGUCAAUAAAUUCACACCCAAAA